GUCUGUCUGCAGACUCAGCCUCCUCCUGCCCCGGGACACAAGCAGCUCUACAACGGCGCCAUUGACUGUCUGAGGAAAACCAUCGCCAAGGAGGGGCUGCUGGGUCUGUACCAGGGCAUGGGGGCGCCCAUCCUGGCCAUCACUCCGGUCACGGCUGUAAGCUUCUUCGGAUUCGGCCUGGGACAGAAGCUGCAGCAGGCACACCCGCAGGAGACACUGACGCAUUCUCAGCUGUUCCGCGCUGGUCUCCUGGCUGGAGUUUUCAGCUCGGCAAUCCUCACGCCCGUGGAAAGGAUAAAGUGCCUGCUCCAGAUCCAGAGCGGAUCCCAGCGGAUGUAUACGGGCCCCAGCGACUGCGUCAGGAAGCUGUAUCGGCACUCUGGAAUCCCGGGAAUCUACAAGGGAACGUUUCUCACUCUGCUGAGGGGUAAGUGCGUCCAGGGCUGCCCCUUCGCCACUGUCUGGCAUGGAAGGGCCACUGCACAGGUUCGGAAAAAACUGCAGAGGUUUUGUAGGCUCGUCCGGCACUUGCCCCUCCCUGAUCAGGGACAUCUUCAAAAGGUCCACGUGAGCAUAGCUGCAGAUGGAAAACCUGUAUUCACAAGAAAAAAACAUAAAGAUUCAGGAACACUGUGCAACCCGCCAAAGAAAACGUCAAACGCCCAGCGAGCGAAGAAAGAACAAGUUGUUCAAACGGCAAAAAGCGAUUGA